CUUUUUUCACCAUGGAAGAAGAGCGAUCACCACCCUCUUCUUUUAAGACAUGGAAUCAGCAAGAACUCAAAAAGAGGAGCGGAAAAGAGUGAGCAAUGGGAGUGAGGAAGGCAGUAAGCAGAAACCAAUGUAUAGAGGAGUUCGAAUGCGUCAAUGGGGAAAAUGGGUAUCAGAAAUCAGAGAGCCAAGAAAGAAGUCGAGAAUAUGGCUCGGAACGUUUAUUACGGCCGAAAUGGCAGCUCGAGCUCACGACGUUGCAGCUCUGACGAUCAAAGGCCGCUCGGCUCAUCUCAACUUCCCUGAGCUAGCUCAGGAACUUCCUUGUGCCGCUAGCUCAUCGCCGAAAGACAUUCAAGCUGCUGCAGCUAAAGCUGCUGCUCUUAGCUACCCUAGAUGCAGCAGCAGCAGUCAUGAAGCUCAUGAAUCCAAAACCGAACCGGCUCAAGAUUCAUCAUCUUCAUCAAUAAUAAAUGAUGACACGUUUUCUGACCUUCCUGAUCUGCUGUUAGAUGUUGGAAAAUAUCGUAGUAAUCAUGAGUAUUUUUCGCUUGUGGAUACAAGUCUCGGGCUAGAAAAGCCUUUCUUAUGGGAUUAGAGAGCAAUAUAUUGAACUGCCAUAACCACCAGCUCAGUGAUUCCAUAUUUGGACUCAGGAGUACAAUGCUAGAGUGAUCGAAGAAGAUGGUGGAAGGAGGAUGAAUUCAAACUCUGGCCUUCAAGGUAAACACUCUACUCACUACUGAGGCUACAAGAUCACUGCAUGCAGAACGCUCAAUGCUAAGUUUCUACAGAUUGGAUUACGUACUAGCUAUAUGGAAAUGAUGAUUAUAAUGAAAGGAAGCUAGAAGUUAGUGAAACCUUUCCAUGUAUUGUUCCUUUUGUUUUUUAGAAUUCAUGUACUCUUCCUUUUGUUCCUAAACCCUAUAUGUGUGUGUAUAUAUCCUUUCCAUAUAUACGGCGGCUAAA